GAUGGCGUCUGCUGAUCUGAGACAGGAGCUGGUCUGUUCCAUCUGCCUGAGCAUUUAUACAGAUCCUGUAACCCUGAGAUGUGGCCACAACUUCUGCCGGGUCUGUAUUGAUCGUGUGCUGGAUACACAGGAGGGGUCUGGAGUUUACAGCUGUCCUGAUUGCAGAGCAGAGAGUCAGGAGCGUCCUGCACUGAUACAGAGCAUAGCUCUGCGUAACAUAGUGGAGAGUUUCCAGUCUACUCGGUCAGAUCAGGAGGAGACUGGGAUCUUCUGCACUUACUGUGUGGACUCUCCUGUACCUGCUGCUAAAUCCUGUCUGCUGUGUGAGGCUUCUCUGUGUGAUAAACACCUGAGAGUACACAGCAAGUCAGCAGAACACGUCUUAUGUGAUCCCACCACUGCCCUGGGGAACAGGAAAUGCUCCGUCCAUAAGAAGAUCCUGGAGUAUUACUGCACUGAGGACGCUGUCUGUGUCUGUGUGUCCUGCACUUUGACUGGAGAACAUCGGGGACACCAGGUGGAGAUGCUGGAUAAAGCCUCUGAGAAGAAGAAGGAGAAGCUGAGAAAUGUUCUGCAGAAACUGACCACAAAGAAGGCGGAGACUGAGAAAAGAGUGCAGAGACUGCAGGAGCGCAGGAGAGAAUAUCAGGGAAAAGCAGCUGGUGUAACAGAGAGAGUCAGUGCCCUGUUUAGAGACAUCAGGAGACAGCUGGAAGACCUGGAGAAGAGAGUGCUGAAUGAGAUCUCCAGGCAGCAGCGCGUUUCACUCUCAGUCUCUGUUCUGAUCCAGCAGCUGGAAAUAAAGAAGGACGAGCUGUCCGGGAAGAUGCGUCACAUUGAGGAGCUGUGUAACAUGUCUGACCCAGUGACUGUCUUACAGGAACCAGACACAGGGGACUUGUGUGAUACUGAGGACAUGGAGAGACAUGAUAACGAGGUCUGUGGUGCAGGAGAUCUGGAUGUGGGUCUCAUCUCAGAGACAUUACACACAUUAUCUGUUAUAAUAACUGAUAUAAAUCACACUUCCCUACCCUCCCGGAAUAUCCGGGAGGAUCCCAAAAAUCAGGUGCCCCUCCUGGCCCACUGGAAAGGUGGGCAAGUUUCCCGCGGUGCGCAUCAUAGCCCUGCCACCUGCCAUACAGUGCCUGUAAUAUCAGCACUGUAUAUCGGGGGGCAUGGCCACAGUGACGCGAGUGUAGCUACACGCUCCGAGUGCAGCCUCAGCUACAUAGCCGUGCCCCCAUCACGCCCCCAUGUGACAUCAUGCACGCCCUCCGCGCCCCCUGCUGCACCAAACUGGCUGCCUUCUCCCGGAGGGGGCAGCCAGAAAGUCGGUAACCCUGGAAUAAAUACAGGGAUCUAUGUGCAGGAGGCUACAGACCUACUAUUGGAUGUAGCCACAGCUGGUAAUAAGAUACAGAUAUCAGGUGACAGCAAAACUGCAUCCAGGUCAGAUAUAUACCUGAAUCGUCCAGAAACACCACAUAGAUUUCAGGGUUUUCCUCAGGUAAUAAGCACCAGGGGAUUCUCCUCAGGGCGACAUUACUGGGAGGUGGAUGUCAGUAAGUCAGUGAGGUGGUGGGUGGGGAUGUGUUACCCCAGUAUAGGCAGGAAAGGAAAUCAGUCAGUAAUUGGAUAUAAUAACAAGUCCUGGUGUGUGUGUAGGUGGUAUGAUCAUUACUCAGUGACACAUGACAGUACAGAGAUCUGGCUAGAUAACAAUAUCCACAAGGUGAGGGUAUAUCUGGAUUAUGAGGCAGGACAGCUGUCCUUUUAUGCUCUGUGUGACCCCAUCAUACACUUACACACCUUCACUGCCGCCCUCACUGAGCCCCUCCAUGCUGCACUAUGUGUAGAGGACGAGUGUGUAACUAUAUGUGGGGGAGUCAGGAGCUGGGAGGAAUUAGACUUUCUACUUUCAUUUCUCCCUCCUGCUGCAGCGAUGGCGUCUGCUGAUCUGAGACAGGAGCUGGACUGUUCCAUCUGCCUGAGCAUUUAUACAGAUCCUGUAACCCUGAGAUGUGGCCACAACUUCUGCCGGGUCUGUAUUGAUCGUGUGCUGGAUACACAGGAGGGGUCUGGAGUUUACAGCUGUCCUGAUUGCAGAGCAGAGUGUCAGGAGCGUCCUGCACUGAUACGGAACAUUCCUCUGUGUAACAUACUGGGGAGGUUCCUGUCUACUCGCCCAGAUCAGGAGGAGACUGGGAUCUUCUGCACUUACUGCAUUCACUCUCCUGUACCUGCUGCUAAAUCCUGUCAGCUGUGUGAGGCUUCUCUAUGUGAUAAACACCUGAGAGUACACAGCAAGUCACCAGAGCACGUCUUAUGUGAUCCCACCACUGCCCUGGGGAACAGGAAAUGCUCCGUCCAUAAGAAGAUCCUGGAGUAUUACUGCACUGAGGACUCUGUCUGUAUCUGUGUGUACUGUUCAGCUGGAGAACAUCGGGGACACCAGGUGGAGAUGCUGGAUGAGGCCUCUGAGAAGAAGAAGGAGAAGCUGAGAAAUGUUCUGCAGAAACUGACCACAAAGAGAGCGGAGACUGAGAAAAGAGUGCAGAGUCUGCAGGAGCGCAGGAGAGAAGAUCAGAGAAAAGCAACUGGUAUAACAGAGACAGUCACUGCCCUGUUUAGAGACAUCAGGAGACAGCUGGAAGACCUGGAGAAGAGAGUCCUGAGUGAGAUCUCCAGGCAGGAACAGCGCGUUUCACUCUCGGUCUCUGAUCUGAUCCAGCAGCUGAAAAUAAAGAAGGACGAGCUGUCCGGGAAGAUGCGUCACAUUGAGGAGCUGUGUAACAUGUCUGACCCAGUGACUGUCUUACAGGAACCAGACACUGGGGACUUGUGUGACACUGAGGACACAGAGAGACAUGAUAACCAGGUCCGUGGUGCAGGAGAUCUGGAUGUGGGUCUCAUCUCAGGGACAUUACACACAUUAUCUGAUAUAAUAACAUACAUAAAUACAGGGAUCUAUGUGCAGGAGGCUACAGCCCUAUUACUGGAUGUAGCCACAGCUGGUAAUUAUAUACAGAUAUCAGGUGACAGGAAAACUGCAUCCAGGUCACAUAUAUACCUGAAUCGUCCAGAAACACCACAGAGAUUUCAGGGUUUUCCUCAGGUAAUAAGCACCAGGAGAUUCUCCUCAGGGCGACAUUACUGGGAGGUGGAUGUCAGUAAGUCAGUGAGGUGGUGGGUGGGGAUGUGUUACCCCAGUAUAGGCAGGAAAGGAGAGCAGUCACUCAUUGGAGGCAAUAACAAGUCCUGGUGUUUGCGUAGAUAUAAUAAUCAGUACUCAGUGAGAUAUGACAGUACAGAGAGCCGGUUAGCUGACAAUAUCCCCUGUGACAGAGUGAGGGUAUAUCUGGAUUAUGAGGCAGGACAGCUGUCCUUUUAUGCUCUGUGUGACCCCAUCAUACACUUACACAGGAUCAGACACUUACACACCUUCACUGCCGCCCUCACUGAGCCCCUCCAUGCUGAAUUAUUGGUAGGGGACGGGUGUGUAACUAUAUGUGGGGGAGUCAGGAGCUGGGAGAAAUUACCAUGAGAAAUCUGGACAGAGAGGGGAAUAUGAUUGGUGGAACAUUCAGCCAAUAAAAUGAAGCAGUGGGUGGAGCUGCAACUAAACCCCUCCCCCUGGGUAACUUGGUGACCAAUGUGCCUGCAUGUGUUCCUAUGUUGGUGUAUUCGAUACCGUCAUAAUACGUAAUACAUAAAUGUACAUCUUUGUGGUAUUUCCCCGCCUCUGACUCACUGAGAGCUGUGAUUGGCUGCUAUAUCUGUCUGUCAGCCAGUGUGCACCCUAUCAUAGUCAUAUAUAGGAUAUAAAAAUACGUCCAGGGGACAUAUGCUAUAGGGUCCGAGUUUGCUGAAUGUGCAGGAUGCCGGCCAAUCUCAGACUUUUUUUUAAAAGCGGAAAUCAUUCACAAGGCAUGCUUUAAAAAACCAUCCAAGAUCGUCCGGCAUUCAGCACCGCCAGUAAACUCGGACCUUAUUACAUAUGUCCCAAGGUGUUUGUGUAGGGGGGUAUAAUAACAACUACUGAGGGUCUGAUUCAGAAAUGCGCGCUAAUGCAUUAGCAGCUGCAAACUUGUACACAAUAAUGUGCAAUAAAUGUGCUAAUGCUGCAGCCGCCAGGAAAUGUA